AUGGGGAAAAGGAAUGAUGAGAAAAGGAAAAGUGUUAAGAAAAAAAUAUCAGAUACUGUAACCCCAAGUCAACAUCUACCAUAUCCCCACGCUCCGUUAAAGAAGGAUAAUGUUAGGCAACAUGCAAGGUUUAUGGACAUAUUUAAACAACUUCAUGUAAAUAUUCCAUUUGCCGAAGCGUUGGAGCAAAUGCCCAAGUAUGCUAAAUUCAUGAAGAACAUGCUCACAAAGAAAAAGAGGUACACGGACAAAGAGACAGUGUUGCUCGAUGCCCAUUGUAGUGCCAUGAUCCAAAGGAAUACUCCAAGAAAGGAAUCCGAUCCGGGACGAGUCACCUUGCCAUUAACUAUUGGAAGUAAUUACACUGGUAAUGGUUUGAUUGAUCUAGGGUCUAGCAUCAAUUUAAUCCCUUUAUCCAUUGUCAAGAGAUUGGGGAAUAUUGUAAUGAAGCCUACUAGGAUGACAUUGCAACUAGCCGAUAAGUCUAUCACUUCACCGUAUGGAAUGGCUCAAGAUAUCCUAGUAAAAGUGGACAAAUUCUUUUUCCCGGUGGAUUUUAUGGUAGUUGACAUGGAGGAAGAUUGUGAGGGGCUCAUGAAAGUAAGGGUGCAAGAUGAAGAGGUAAAGUUUAAUCUUUUCGAAGCCAAGAAGCAUCCUAAGAACAAGAAGGGUAUUUUCCUAAUCGAUGCCACCGAAGGAGAACUCAAAGAUGCCGAAAAUCAAGUUCAUAAAGACAAAAUGAAAGCAUCUCAUGAUAGAAACAUCAACCACAAAGAAUUUCAAGUUGGAAAAAUGGUGCUCUUGUGCAAAUCAAGACCCAAGUUAUUUCCGGGUAAAGGGAAGUCAAAAUGGUCGGGACCAUUUGUGGUAAAAGAGGUAUGCAAUUAUGGAGCCAUUAUGGUAGAGAGUCCUAAGACAAAUGAGAGUUGGACCAUUAAUGGAAAACGGUUGAAAGAUUACUUCGGGGGAGUGGAGCAACAUGCACCAUUUUUAAGUCCUUGA